AUGCAGUCAAUAAUAACGAUUGAUCAAUCACCCGAUGUAACAACAAUGGAAUCAGAUCAAAAUAAUAACAACGAGAAUAGCAGCAAUAAUAAUCUGUCGAUAAAGAAAAAUGAAAAAUAUUCAUUACGACAACGUGGCCAGCGUAAAUCGAUUACCAAUAAGCACUUAAAGACAGCAUCGUACAUAAAUGAUCAAAAUAUAAAUAAUAAUAGUAACAGACGUAGUAAAAAUAGUAGAAAUAAAAUAAGUAAUAAUAAGAAUAGCUCAUGUGAUGAGGUUGAUGCAACAACAUUAUCAGCCACAACAGCAUCGUCAAGUGUGACGGUGUCAGAGAAAAUUCCAAAAGAGAAACCAAAACAAAGGGCAGCACCGCUAUCGAAAUAUCGACGAAAAACAGCAAAUGCACGUGAACGAACACGAAUGCGUGAAAUUAAUUCAGCAUUUGAGAAUUUGAGACAAUCUGUGCCUGUUGUUGUGGCUGGAUCACCAUCACAAAGUACCAAUGAGAAACUUACCAAAAUUACAACUUUAAGGAUGGCAAUGAAGUAUAUAACAAUCCUUAGUGACAUUCUUGACAAUAAAGCAGAAUUAAAUGACAAUUUAUUGGCAUCACUAAUGGAAGUUGAUGGUAAGAAAGAUCAGGUUACACCGCCUGCCCCUGUCGUGACUCUAAACAGCAAUCAAAGUAAGACUUGCAAAGAGAAACUCCAGCAACAGCCACAAAUAUCUAACGUGUUGGCACAAAAUCACCAUGAUUACUGUAAAGAAUUUAUCCGUGAAACUAUUGUGAAGCCUGUAAAGUCAUCAAAAGUUGUUGCCGCGGCAAGUAGUAGGAAAGCUGUGAAAGCCAAUGCCGCAAAAACGAAAAAGCCACCAUCAAAAUCACAUUCAAAGUCGCAAAAGAUUAAUUUGAAGAGUCAAGCGAUGUUGACUGCAGCUGCAAUUGCAUCUAAUCCAUCCGUUCUGACAAUUCGAAAUCAAUCGAUUGGAAUUCAUAGUAAUAAUCACGGUAGCAAUAUGAGUAGUGAGAGUAAGUUUAUUAAUCACUUACUUGGUGGCAACUUCAAUCAUAGCAGUAGCACGACAAUGAUUAAUGGAAAUGGAAUUAACAACAAUAGCUUGAAUUGUCUUAGUAAAUAUGACUUAAGUCCAUGUCUCACCCCACCUAAUGACGAUUGUCCAUCGGAACUUGGGCUUAUUCUUGAGUCUGACGGUGAAUCGUUGCAACUUUCUGAGCCAUGCUUUAGUCCUCUAGAAUUUGGCCUGCUUUUAGAAUCGGAUGGUGAAUCAUUACAUUUAUCGGAGCCAUGUCUGAGUCCGCUAAGCAACCUUGAUGCCUUCAACUCUAUAAACGAUCUACUACAUGGCAGCUUCAGUGAACACCAUUCACUUGAAAUGUAUUUAUCAUGA